CGUGAUCAGAUUCCAAGAUGGCGCUGCCCAGGGACCGGUUGGAGCUACGGCUCUUCCUACUGCUUCUGUGUCUUUGUUUUUUAAAAGCUGCUUCUGUUGAUGUUGAUAAAUGCGACGAGCUGCGACUCGGGCAAUAUAUCUGCGAUACUCCCAAGAUAAAUGAUGUAACACAAGAGCCAGAAAAUUGCACAAAUGAAACGGCUUUUGUUCCUUGUAUGCCAGCUCCAAAUAUCACCUGCAGAAAUUAUAGUGGGGUUGUGAACACCUUCAGUGGAAAGGAAGUAGGCUUCUAUAAGCCCUUUUCAUGCCGUAAUGUAACUGGUUACUCUUAUAAAGUGGCGGUGGCCCUUUCCUUGUUCCUUGGAUGGCUAGGAGCAGAUAGAUUCUAUUUGGGAUAUCCAGCGCUGGGUUUGUUGAAGUUCUGCACAGUUGGAUUUUGUGGAAUUGGCAGCCUUAUUGACUUUGUUCUUAUCUCUGCGCAGAUUGUUGGACCUGCAGAUGGCUCAAAUUACAUCAUAGAUUACUAUGGAGCAAGACUCACAAGAUUAGCAAUAGACAAUGAUACAUAUAGAAAGACACAAAUGGAACUGUGAGCCCUGAAAUUUAGAAUUCUGAGGAAGCCCAUCAAGGAAACAAAGGAACAAAAUGAACGUUGCAAGGACGGCAGUGGCAAAAACAUUGGACAACCUGAUUGUUCUUAAAUCUCCACUCAGUGAUUGGUGUGGAUGUGACAAACAACAGGCUCUGAAGCAUUUUGAACAGGAAUUAACCAGCUGCCUUUCUGCAGUGAUAAAAACCUGGCAACCAUCAGUAUGGUUGUAAAUAGCUGGGUCAAACUGGCGACACUGUAACUAAAUCAAUAUGCAUGUGCAGCCUAUAUGUAUCUUUCUAAAAUGUUGAUUUUUUUAAAAAAAAUUUUAUAAAUAUGUUCGAUAUAAUUCUGUUCAUAAUGGCUAUGUGCUACUUAAACAUGUGAACUGAUGUACUUCAUUGCUUUGCCAAAGCUAGGGUGUCCAAAUAUCUCCCAAUCACCGUGUUUCAUAACAUGUUGAUUUCUACAAAAUUUUAACAAAUUCUCUUGAAGUGGCUUCUCUGUGCAGUAUUGCUCUCUGUUCUGUAGCUCAUUAAUAUUCUGAAAUGUAUUAGAUUGUUAAGAUUGCAGGUGUCAAAUUUGGCUUUCACACCUCUGAGCCAAUUUGAGCAUAUUAUCUCAACUUCCGUAUUGGGGGAAUAAUGUUGUCGGAAAGGCCAUCUUUCAUAUGAGACAUUAAACCAAGGUAGAUGUCAAAAAUCCUAUGCCAUUAUUUGAAGAAGAGGAGUUCUCCCCGGUUGUCAGGCCAAAAUUUAUCCCUCACCCAUCAUCACGAAAACAGAUUAUCUAGUCGAUGUAGCUAAUUUUUAUGAUCUUGUUGUUAACCUGGUUGCCUAAUUUCCCUACAUUACAACAGUGACUACACUUCAGUGAUACUUCAUUGGCUGAAUAGUUCUUUGAGGCAUCCUGAGGUUGGGAAAGACCCUACAUAAAUGCAAGUUUGUUUUCUCUUUUAAUGUUUGUGUUUACUUCAGUAUUAUAGGAAGCUGACAGAUUGUUUGGUAUUAUUUUUUAAUGGAAUUUGGCUCAAAAACGAAAAAGUUGUCAAUACUUUUUUUUUGCUAAAGUUGUAUCAUUGUCUAUUUUGUUUUGCUUUUUUCUCCUUUUAUCAUGAUUUUAUGUUGUCAUUAUUUAUGGUGGUGGUGGUGGUAGAAGCUUCCUCAAAGUAAUGCCAAUAUUUAUUUAAAAUUUUGGCAAAUUGCACAUGGAAGUCUUAAACUAAAAGCCAGUGAAGAGUAUCAGGCUGUAGAAAGAUGCUAAUUAGGUAAUAAAGAAUACUUGACAGGUGUAAUGUCAGAGUGGAGAGAAUUGUCGAGCCCAGCAGGAGUCAGUGCCUGGAUUCCUGGAAUCAAUUAAAUGGAUAUUGACAGUAUCUAUAAUACCACCAGCAUCCCAGGGCAAGUAAUAGAGACAGAAAAUUGCUGGAUAUUUGUAAAAGGAUGUAAUAUUUUUUGCAACUCAACUAUAUGAGAAUUUGUGCUUCUAAUUAUAAAGUAUGCCUCAGAAGCAUGGCCUCAGAGUUGUUCACAAAAAAUGGACAGAUUUAGUGAAUGCAAUGCCCAAAUAUGAAUUUAAAAAACCUAUAAUUCCAUGUAGUAAUUACAAAAACCUGUAGACCUAAUUUAUAAACAUGUGGAACUGUGAUGUUUUGAGAAUCAUGUUCCAGUUAAACCUCAGAAUUCUGUGUAAUAAACAUGGGCUCAUUAGACACUGGAAAACAAUAGUCUUGUUCAUAAAUCAAAAAUGUACAAUGAAUACAGUUGAAAUAACACAAGGAACAUUUUUAAAACUACGAGAGCAGUAAUAGACAUGAAAACUAUUUUGUAAAGUCAUCAGUUGCAUCCCUUGAGGCUACAACCAUGCUGCAUUAUUUCUUGUCUUUUCAUCAUAAGUCACACCCAUACUUCUGCAUUACACCUCCUCUGGUUAAUCACUAUAAGAGAGGUCUUGUAUGGCUUAAUUCUUACCUGCCCAAGAACAGCAGAAUCUCUUCACCAAUGGAUUUUCCUCCCAGCAACGUAUGUACAUCUAUAGUAUGCCUCAAGGUUUCAUCCUGGGCCCCCUCCUAUUUCCCUCACUUACAUUUUGCUUCUUGGAAGCAUCAUCCUUAGACAUGGAGUCAUUUCAAUCUUCUAAAUUUUACAAAUGUAGCAGGAUAUUGCAGUCAUUUGCAAUGUAAAUUCUGAUUUGCCAACUCAUCCGUGAACAUGAACAUUUAUACUGUAGUGUAUAGAUGAUCAGACAGAAAGAUUUGCCUUUUUGAUAUUGGAAUUUUCACAUUGCAUGUUUUGAAACAGGGAAUUUUAAAUAGUUUGCUGCUUAUUUUAUUAAAAUUUUAACUUUGGACUCCUCCCUGAAGACUAAUACAUCCUUGAUAUUCAGGUGGCUGUAUAACUACAAGUUUUACUUCUGAUUUGAAGUUUUUUUUGUAAGUUAUAGAUGAUUAGUCAUAAUUCAGUGAUCUAACUUAGUCACUGGAGGCAAUAAUUCCCAGUUCAGUCCCAGGUUCUUGGAAUUUAAUUAAAAUAUUAGAGAAGUAACAUAAAAUGCACUGUCCACAAUUGCCUUGCAGUAUACGAAAAUUGAUUAUUAUCGCAAAAUAUUUGUACGCCAUCAGUAAGAUGCAUUAAUAUCUUCUGUAUUUUUAACUUCCAGUGGAACUCAAUGAAAAUUAGCUAUUAGUUCUCAAAAAUUAAGGUUAUUAUAACUUUUUUAGUACAAGGCUUUUAGUGAAAAUAAAGUAAAAACCAGGGAAUAAUUAUAUUUCAUUGUGCGCACACCACAUUUUGGGAGAAAUUGAAUUUGCCUUAGAAGUCAAACAAAUAUUAAUGAUUCCAAGAUGGUGAUCCUUACUCUGUGUUUACAAUGUGAUUUAUUAGCUGACAUUCAAACAAUUUAUCAUUAUUUGGUUUCUGGUUCCACCCAUUCCCCAGAAGAAAACAAUUUGAAGCAUUCCAGUUAAUAACUUCUAAUUUUAGAGGGAACAGCAGAGGAUAAGUUACUGAGGAGAAUUAUGUCAGCUUUAUAUUUCUAUGUUGUGAAUCAUUUCAUUACCUGUGUAGGCUAUGGAGAAGUAAUGUUAAAUAUUACACAUAUUGGUAACAAUUGAACACAAUAAUAACUGUUUUUGUUGUGACUUAGCUGUAUUAUGUUUCAAAUCAAUUCUUCUAACCCAUAGAGCAAUAGUUAAAAAAGAAACAUUCUCUUUCCUAAUCUGUUUUACAUAUUGGCAAAAUGUAAUACAUAACGUUUAUUUGUCUAAUAGGUUACAUUAUCUAUUUAAUCUUAUAACCGAAACUUCCUUUACAUCUAUCAAUUUGGGUCUCUGAAUUCUUGAAGAGCAAUUUUAUUGGUGUGAGCAAUUGGCUUCAUCAGCUUACGUCUUUAAUGCUGAUCAGAAGGUAUUAAUGAUUUUAAAAUUGAAGACAAAAUGGAUACUACUAUUAUGUGGAACAUAAAAGUAUAGGUUUAUUCUAGAACUCUCCAAUGCUGGCUAUGGACCCACUGAAUCUCAUACUAACUGCAGCACAGGAUUGUGGUUCUUGAGAAUUUUGCAUUCAACUUGAGUAAUUAUGGAAACAGUAACAACCAAAGUGUUCAAAUAUAAAAGCAAAAAGUUGCAGCAACAUGUCUACAGUGUACCAUGUCCACAACUUGUUGCACGUGCAAGAAAUGAAUUAAUUGGAAAGGGAGAAAGUCAACAAUGAUAAAUCAUUGUGAACUAAACAUAUACAAACAUUGAAUAAAAAUAUAUUGUUUCUGUA